GGCCUUUUUGGAUCUACACAGUGGAAGUUGCAUCUUGUGUAUGGCGUGGUUAAGCUUGCAGCCUGUCAUCUCGGCCUUCCUCCAUUUUGGGCUGGUUACUUUUGUGCUGUUUUUGCAUGGUUUGCAGGUGGAUGCUGGCCUGACGGGAGACUCAACCAGUUCAGUACAAAACAACUCGUGUUCAGGAUCUUUUGACUGCAAGGAAGGUGUUAUCCUGCCAAUAUGGUACCCAGAAAACCCAUCCCUUGGGGACAAAAUUGCCCGUGUUAUCGUAUACUUUGUAGCACUGAUCUACAUGUUCCUUGGAGUCUCCAUCAUUGCAGAUCGUUUCAUGGCAUCUAUAGAGGUCAUUACAUCACAAGAGAAAGAAAUCACGAUUAAGAAACCCAAUGGAGAGACCACAACAACCACCAUUCGAAUAUGGAAUGAAACUGUUUCCAACUUGACCCUCAUGGCUCUGGGUUCUUCUGCUCCUGAGAUCCUCCUGUCUCUUAUAGAAGUGUGUGGCCAUGGAUUCAUAGCUGGAGACCUGGGGCCAUCUACAAUUGUUGGCAGUGCUGCUUUCAAUAUGUUUAUCAUCAUUGCCAUCUGUGUCUAUGUGAUCCCUGAUGGGGAAACCAGAAAGAUUAAACACCUGAGGGUUUUCUUUGUCACAGCUGCAUGGAGCAUCUUUGCUUACAUCUGGUUGUACAUGAUCCUUGCUGUCUUCUCUCCAGGUGUGGUUCAGGUCUGGGAAGGUCUGCUCACACUGUUCUUCUUUCCUCUUUGUGUCCUUCUGGCUUGGAUAGCAGAUAGACGUCUGCUUUUCUACAAGUAUAUGCACAAAAAGUACCGUACUGACAAGCACAGGGGCAUUAUCAUAGAAUCAGAAGGUGAUCACCCUAAAGGAAUUGAGAUGGAUGGCAAGAUAAUGAACUCCCACUUUCUAGAUGGAAACUUAGUGACUAUGGAGGGAAAGGAGGUGGAUGAAUCUCGCAAAGAGAUGAUCCGGAUCCUUAAGGACCUGAAGCAAAAGCACCCAGAAAAGGACUUGGACCAGUUGGUAGAAAUGGCUAACUACUAUGCCUUGUCCCAUCAGCAAAAGAGCAGAGCCUUUUAUCGCAUUCAGGCUACCAGGAUGAUGACAGGAGCUGGCAAUAUUCUGAAGAAGCAUGCAGCUGAGCAGGCGAAGAAGAGCACCAGCUUGCAUGAGGUGCGGCCUGAGGAACCUGAGGAAUUCAUCUCCAAAAUUUAUUUUGACCCAUGCUCCUACCAGUGUCUUGAGAACUGUGGUGCCAUUCUCCUGACAGUGGUACGAAAAGGAGGGGAUGUGUCCAAGACCAUCUAUGUCGACUAUAAGACAGAGGAUGGCUCUGCCAAUGCUGGUGCUGACUAUGAGUUCACAGAGGGGACUGUUGUCUUGAAAUCAGGGGAGACCCAGAAGGAGUUCUCAGUGGGAAUUAUUGAUGAUGACAUCUUUGAGGAAGAUGAGCACUUCUUUGUGCGGCUCAGUAAUCUCCGUGUAGUGGAGAACGAGGAAGCUCCAGAGCUCAGUAAUUCCCCAUAUCCAAAGGCCAUAUUGGCUUCCCCUUGUGUGGCCACAGUGACUAUACUGGAUGACGACCAUGCUGGCAUCUUCACAUUUGAAUGUGAUGUUAUACAUGUCAGUGAGAGCAUUGGCGUGAUGGAAGUCAAAGUCCUAAGGACAUCAGGUGCUCGGGGUACAGUCAUAGUGCCAUUUCGGACAGUGGAAGGCACAGCAAAAGGAGGUGGAGAAGACUUUGAAGAUACUUACGGGGAGUUGGAGUUCAAGAAUGAUGAAACUGUCAAAACAGUUCACAUCAAGGUAAUUGAUGAUGAGGAGUAUGAAAAAAACAAGAAUUUCAUCAUUGAGCUGAUGAGCCCCCGCAUGGUGGAUAUGAGUUUACAGAAAGCCUUGCUGCUCACACAAGAGAUGGCUGAAAGGAAGCUGACAGUUGAAGAGGAAGAAGCAAAGAGGAUUGCAGAGAUGGGCAAACCCAUACUUGGUGAGCAUCCCAAACUGGAAGUCAUCAUUGAAGAGUCCUAUGAGUUCAAGAACACUGUGGACAAGCUCAUUAAGAAGACAAACCUGGCUCUGGUUGUAGGGACACAUUCCUGGAGGGACCAGUUCAUGGAGGCCAUUACUGUCAGCGCAGCGGGUGAUGAGGAUGAGGAUGAGUCUGGUGAGGAGCGCCUGCCGUCCUGCUUCGACUAUGUGAUGCACUUCCUGACAGUCUUCUGGAAGGUCCUGUUUGCCUGCGUGCCCCCCACUGAGUACUGCAACGGCUGGGCCUGCUUCGUUGUCUCCAUCCUCAUCAUUGGCAUGCUCACAGCCAUUAUUGGUGACCUCGCCUCCCAUUUUGGCUGCACCAUUGGCCUCAAAGACUCGGUGACCGCUGUCAUCUUUGUCGCCUUCGGCACUUCAGUACCAGACACAUUUGCCAGCAAGGCUGCAGCCAUCCAGGAUGUGUACGCCGACGCCUCCAUCAGCAACGUCACAGGCAGCAAUGCUGUCAACGUCUUCUUGGGCAUUGGGCUGGCAUGGUCAGUGGCAGCGAUCUACUGGGCGUCACAGGGGCAGGAGUUCCAGGUGUCAGCAGGCACCCUGGCCUUCUCCGUCACCCUCUUCACCAUCUUCGCCUUCAUCUGCAUCAGUGUCCUCCUCUACCGCCGGCGGCCCCAUCUAGGGGGGGAGCUGGGUGGCCCCCGGGGGUGCAAAGUGGCCACGACAUUGCUCUUUGUCAGCCUCUGGCUGCUGUACAUCCUCUUCGCCACCCUGGAGGCCUACUGCUACAUCAAGGGGUUUUAGGUGGUGGAGAGACAGUGCCACCGGGGGGAGGGACCACCUCCUCCGUUACCUCACCGGACACCAGUCCUAGCAGCACGGUUCCUACUGGAGGGGAUGGCUGUCCUUUGGGGUCCCAGACAGUUGGACCACUGGGCACCAAGAAGGGCAAAAACCAUCACAGAGUGAAAAAAAAAAAACAAAAACAAAACCCCACCCAAAAUUAUACAAAGGACAAGAAAGCAACGAUGGCCAGUGUUGAAAUAAAACAAAACAAUAAACCCAGCCACUGACCCCAUUCUAUGAGAAUAAGAAGUUUCAGCCAUCUUCAAACGCCACCUCUCCUGCAGGAGCUUGUCUCCUUUCCUCCCAAGCACCCCUCUGCUGUAAGGAGACGUUUUCUUAUUUUUACUGGUUGGGAACUACAGAAGGCUGAUCAAGAAUUUGAUUUGUUUUGUUAUUUUUUGGGGUUUUGGGAUUUUUUUCUUUCAUUAGCUUGUUGCUUUUUGGUUGGGGAGGGGGGCACAAUGCUUGGUGUUUUUUUGUUUUUGUUUUUUUUACUACUAAAAACCAAAAACGUUAAAGAUCUACUCCAAACCUUCAAGCUGCCACCAGUGUUGGGAUUGAACGUGUAUUUUUUUGAAACCACAAAAAAACUGUGACACGGUCAAAGAAUUUUCCACUCUUACCCGUUUCCUCCCUCACCGCCUUCCAUUUCUUUCUUUUUUUAAGAACAUCACAAGACUGAUAUAUUUUAAUACAAACACAGACACAAAGACACACACACACACACAUUCAGUGGCAAAGGCUGGAGCAUGUAGCAUCUCAGUCACCUGCCUGAGCUAAGAAAACAAAAAGGAGUUAAAAAAAA